GAAAGAUGAGUUUUUGGCAUGGGACCCAAGCAAUUAUUCUGGUGUGGAGUCUCUGGAAAUAGAUCCAGGUCUUGUUUGGAAACCUGAUAUCCAACUUUAUGAAAACGUCGACAAAGAUUUUCUUCGUAUGUCGGAAACGAAACUACUGGUGAAUUACACGGGGCACGUGACAUGGUACACACCGGUGAUUUCAACCAGUUCAUGUCAUAUUGAAGUUAAGUUAUUUCCUUUCGAUACCCAGAGAUGCAACCUUUCCUUUAGUUCAUGGAUAUAUACUAUGAACCAACUGCAGCUUCACAUGUCGAAUAAAUCAGAAGCUACUAAUCAGAAUAUCUUCAUGGGUAAUGGUGUUUGGAACCUUGCGAACAUAAUCCGGUCGGAGGAACUUUACAAAUACGACUGCUGUCCAGGUGAAUACAGGAAAGUCAUUUACACCAUUUCGCUCAGUCGAACAUACGCCUUCUACCUCACCAACAUGAUCAUCCCAAGUAUUACCCUCUGUUUAACCAAUACCUUGGUCUACCUUAUUCCUCCGGAGUCGGGAGAGAAAGUCCAGUUUGCCGUCAGCAACCUACUGGCAUCUAUCUUGUUCCAACAGCUUAUAGCCACCACCAUGCCACCUCUUGGAGACGAACUCCCGUUACUUGGAAUCUUCUUUCUCUUCAUGGUCAUGUGCAGUUGUUUUUCAAUCGCUUGCAGCAUACUUAGCUUACGGCUCUACAAUACGAAGGGCGAUGAACCAGUACCAAACCACCUCCGAAAGCUCAUACUCCUCACGCAUCCAGUCGCUCAUCGCCGGCUCUUACACCGCGUCACAACCUUACGGGUCAAGUCCUCCUCUCAGAACGGCCACUCAGAACACAAGAGCGAUAUGACGUCAUUGGAACCGAAAGAAGCCAGGGAUGAGAUCCAACUACAGCAGCUCACCGACGAAGAAAAUCAUCAUGGAACGAUAAGCCCAGAGAAGACAGAAGACAAAAGUCCGGUCCAUAGUGAUGCGAGAAGACGGGAGAGUGCCAGUUUGAAACGAGACGUAAUCAUAGAGGAAUGGAGGUUGUUGGCGAGGGUGCUUGACAAACUUUUAUUUGCACUGGUCCUUGUACUAACCUGUUUUGUUUUGUUUGGCCUUCUCAUCGAAUUUGUUUAGUCGGGCUAAAAGUAAUUCUGAAAUCACGUAAUGAGACAAUUUGGUUCAGGUGCGACCGUUCAGCUGAUCAUGGUCAUGCUUAUGAUGCUGCAAGCCAUUUUAUUCUGACGCCAGCGACAUACUGUUCACCAAACAGAGUAUAUACAUCUUCUACAUAUAUGUUGCAGAUGGAUUUCUGUCUUAGGCCUAUAUUGACAUCAUGCGUUUCAAAUGUAAACGUAUACGAGGACAUGUGGUCAUUUUGACUAGAUAUAGAGACCUCGAAGCAUAUACAGCCUACGCCCUCGUGGUUCAUCACCUUAGAUAUACAACAUGUACCAAAAAAUUAACGGCAGUUACAAUAUGCGACCGUUAACGAUAUAAACGCUACGUCCCAGACUAAAACGAAACCGAGCACUGACGACGUUUUAUCAUACAGUAAUCACGAUUAAUUUAAUAGAAGGCAUUUGUUUGAAAAGCUUAGAUAUCCCUCUUUUUUCUGAUGCAACCAAUAAUACAAAUACUAUUCAUGUGACUGAAAAUACAAUUUAAAGAGAGGACACUAGAAUGUCACUCGCAGACGAUAUCUGACUUUCAAAUAUGAAUUUACAAUCUGAAUUUCAGGAAUGAAAAAAUAGAUCCAGAUCGGCUGUAAAUAGUGACCAGCUGAAAAUUGCAUUUGAAUUCAAACAUUGCGGAUAUGAAUUUCAAGCUCAACGAUAAUUUAAUCCUUCGAAUUAAUAAAAAAAAUAUCCAAUGGGCGGCUGGUCAUAUCGGUUCUGGUUUUAUUUCAAAUCUUCGAAAUUUAGAUUGUACAAAAAAGUUCAUUCGUCGUAAUUAAUGCGCAUGGAAUUAUAUUGUUCUGAUUGUUCAUAGUAAUGACUGUAUUGCCACCUCUACUUCAUAGAACGAAUAAAAUUUCACAAGAUACCUGCUCUAACAUCAAACAAGGUUGACAAAAUGCCAUUAUUCACGGCCAAUUGUCAACCAAGCGGUGUUGGGAGUGGUCAUUGAAAUGCAGAGAAACCUCUUUUCUUUGAGAGGUAAAAAUGCAAGCAUUACUUUGAGCAAAGGGUGAUUUAUAAUUCUACACCAUACGUUAUCGAAGUGUCAUCAAAUUUUAUAAGCUUAAAGACGAGCUUUAUGGAAAUUUGCUAAUCUCUUUGAAAUUCAGAUACCGCCCUAUGAACAAUUUUGAUUUACAGAUGGGGCCCGUUGCAGAAAGAGUUGCGUUUAAACGCAAGUCAAAAAAUCAAUCGCAAGUCGAAAAUGCGCGCUGUUGAUUGGUUGAAAAUCAAGUUGCGCGUGAUUUUUAGAGUUGCGUUUGAUUGCAACUCUUUCUGCAACAGGCCUCAGUAGUAUCAAGUCGCUGUUAAUCGUGUAUGCGUGAAGUAUGUGUAUCAAAAGUUCCAUUAAUAGGUCCAUGGUAAAACCGAGGGAAUUGCGCAAACCAAUAACUUCAAAGCUAGAUGGCAGCUCCAUGGAUGGGAUGACAUUAAUACGUGAACGGGAUUUGCUUCCGGUUUCUUUCAUUUCGGUUCACCGAGGAUGUUCCAUUUACAUGUCUUUUCUUUAAUUCCAUUUACACGUUUUGGGGAACACAUCAUAGUUAAAACUCUGAUAACUGUAUCCUAAUUUGAACUACCGUUUGUGAAUGGCUGCUAAGUUCUGUUACCACGGUUGUUCCAAUAAUGAUAAAGAUACCAGAGUUGUAAGUCUGAAUGAAACAGACCCCUGGUGGGUGUUUCAAAAAGCUGUUCGUAAGUUUAGAGCGAGUUUAAGAUCGACUGGUGAUCCUUUCUUGUGAUAAAUGGUAUAUUCAUUGGCGAUGGUUCAACUGGUAAGAAAGGUUCAACAGCCAAUCUUAAAGUUGUUCUUAGCUUACGAACAGCUUUAUGAACCGCCCCUGGACCUCCUCAGACACCAUAUACCCCUUAAGAUAAUUAGUUCAUGAGUACAUCGGUGAAUCUAGGUAGUAGACUUGUAUGCAACAUACCCAUAUACCAUUUUUUCUCGCUAGUAGUGUCAAAAUAUAUCGAGAAGUGUUAUGGAUGUAAAACAUACAUGUAAACGUGGUUAAGUCAUUCUGUAUACAUUUUCGUAUGUCUGGAUUCCGUAUUUUCCACAGAAUCCUAACCCUAACCCUAUGAUUAUUAUCAUUGUACAUCACAAGUUAAUUAUAAUAAAUUCUAAUACGAUAAUUUUUGCUCUUAAUCAAAUUUACUUCUGAAUAGCUUUUCACUAAGUAUAAAGCAUAAGAACAAAUAAAACGCACAAAUAGUCAUGCACGAUUUCUAACAUCAACUAGCACAUUUUUUGAAAACCAUUAUAUUAAUAAAAUCGAAUAAUAUUUUGUGUUUUUGCAUAAAUGUCAUUAAAGUUUCUAAGCAAUCUUUGUAAUAAGAGUAAUACUUGCACAAGUUUUAUGCACAUCAAAAUACUAUUUUUUUUAAAUAUCUCGACUCGUCCCGAAUUCCGAAUUCAAAACUUCUAAUAAUUAUGUCUAAUACCUUCUUCGCGGCAGGUAAAGCCUAGGUUACACCGGAACCGAAUCAGGUAAAAACCCAUCCGAAUGUCGAAUUCGAGAGUAUUCUGUUCUCCCUCCGCGAAUGCGAGAAAAUUCGGGAGGAAUUCGGCUCGUUUUGAAAUGUAAAAAACCAGCCGAAUACCUUUCGCUUGGAUUAGAGGGGAAUUCUGUGUAUUAUUGGCAGAUUUGGACGUAUUCUAUUCGGGGAGGAACGGUCUGACCUCGGUGCAGUCGGGCAUAUUCGUUCCGAUUCGGGUCAACAUUCGGGCCUUCUUUCGGUUUUAAUCGAAGUAAUCGGACCAAAUUCGUUCCUAUUUUGGCCACUUUUGGCUCGACUCUUUCCACUACUCGGGUGGCAUUCGGCUUUGUUUGGCUUUGUUCUGCAAUGAAUCGGGACUCGUUCGUCUCUUUUCAUGGAGCUCUCCGAAUCAGAGACGAAUAGGUUCCGAAUCGACUACCGAAUGCAUCCGAAUCAGACCGUAUUCGGGCAGCAUUGGUCCGAAUUUAUUCGAGAGAAAUCGGAUCUGGUGUAACCCUGGCUUUAGAUAUAGUAGAAUUUCUGUUGUUUGAAAAAAUGUUCUUCUAACCUAGAUAAGUUCAUCAAUGUUUCAGUUUUCAGCUAAUUUUCUCUUACAUGAAAUUAAAGGGAAAAAAGACAAA